AUGUUUGUAUUUCUUGCAGGGCCUGUGGAAAGAAAGGUGCUUGUGAAUCUUCAGAAGUUAGAUGUAGCUCAGGAUAGUCUGGGCAACUACGGUUUCUUCACUUUGAUUUACAAUCAAGGCUUUGAAGUUGUGAUAAAUGGCUACAAGUGGUUUGCAUUUUUCAAGUACAAAAAGGAAGGCCAGAAUGUAACCAGCUACUGUAAUGAGACUCUACCAGGAUGGGUACAUGAUGUGCUUGGCCACAAUUGGGCUUGUUUCACUGGGCAGAAGAUUUCUUCAUCUCCCUCAGAUGUUCACAUAAAUGAGCUACCUCUCCAGAAGCCCAGGGGAAGACUUUCAAGCAGACGUUAUGUGCACAACAUUGACUUCGUAAAUGCUAUCAAUGCUCACCAGAAGUCCUGGAGAGCAACAAGAUACAAGGAAUAUGAGCACUUUACCCUGGAAGAUCUAACUAGAAGAUCUGGGGGUCUCCAUUCCAGAGCUCCAAGACCAAAGCCUGCACCUCUAACGCCUGAGUUACUCAAAAAAGUUUCAGGCUUGCCAGAAUCCUGGGACUGGAGAAAUGUGAAUGGUGUCAAUUACGUCAGCCCUGUUCGGAAUCAAGGCUCAUGUGGCAGCUGUUACGCAUUUUCCUCCAUGGGCAUGCUGGAGGCAAGAAUACGUAUCCUCACAAACAACACUCAGAAACCAAUCUUUAGUCCCCAGCAGGUUGUGUCUUGCAGCCAGUAUUCUCAGGGUUGUGAUGGUGGCUUCCCAUACCUCAUUGCUGGAAAGUAUGUCCAAGACUUUGGUGUGGUGGAAGAGGACUGCUUCCCUUACACAGCACAAGAUUCUCCAUGCCUUUUCAAGCGCAGCUGUUACCACUACUACACUUCUGAGUACAACUAUGUUGGUGGUUUCUAUGGAGGCUGCAAUGAAGCCCUGAUGAAACUCGAGCUUGUUCUGCAUGGGCCAAUGGCUGUUGCCUUUGAGGUUUAUAGUGAUUUCAUGCUUUAUAAAGAGGGAAUCUACCACCACACUGGGCUGCAGGAUGACUUCAAUCCUUUUGAACUGACCAAUCAUGCUGUGUUGCUGGUGGGCUAUGGUACAGAUCCAAAAAGUGGUGAGAAGUUCUGGAUUGUGAAGAACAGCUGGGGCACCUCAUGGGGAGAAGAUGGUUACUUCAGAAUCCGCCGUGGCAGUGAUGAAUGUGCGAUUGAAAGCAUUGCAGUGGCUGCAACUCCUAUUCCAAAAUUAUAAAUGCAGCGAUCUUCAUCCAGUGCCUUGUCCCCAGCCAUGAGAACAUACUGAUUGUUAGAGACUGCAGUUAAAAUCUGUCCCCUAGCUUGAACAGGGGAGCUUUAAUGAAAUUUUCCGAAACAGAGCAAAGUUUCCCUAGGUGAGAAGAUGAACACAGUUAGCUCUGCUCUGUGCACUGAAAGCUUCCUCUUGAGUCUGACAGUAGGUCACCUAGAAUGCAAUGGCUGUUUUGGUAACAGUGGUGAUAGUUACUCAUCACUGGA